AUGCGGUGGCCGACGUCCCCGGGCCCCGCCACGGCCCCUGGGCGGGAAGGCGACGACGGGCGAGGCCUGAGGAAGCGGAGCCGGCGGCAGGCAGCAGGGCCCCAGGAGGCGGGCGGCGGCGGCGGCCCUGAGGCCCGGAGGCGCGAGGAGAACAGGCCGAAGAGGAGGAUGGUGGCCCGGGCGUCUGGGAGAGAAGUAGAAAGUGACACGUCGGCCAAGGAAAAAAGAAAAGUUACUGAAGCAUCAAAUGAUGAUCUACAGCCAGGGAUUGACCUGGUAAGAAAGGAAUCAUUAACCAGUUCAUCAUCUUUCUAAGUAGUGGAGUGCAGUGAAUUUCAAAAUAGGGCUUUCUUGCAAUCUUUGGGUAAGGAAGGUUUGGUAGAAAGUAUUAAAAGAAGAAUAGGAAUAAAAAAGUUUAAAAGGUUAGAAACUUAGCCUCUCCAAGUAACUGAAAAUAAGGUUAUACAAAAUAUUAAGGUUGCAUUUCAAGAUGAACUGUACAAGAAUACACCAAAAUACUUUUGUAAUUGUUUAUCACCUGGAGUAGAAAAGAAUGCCAUUUUUAAAUUACAUGAUUCCAAUUGUUUCCUCCAUCCCAAGGGUUGUAAUGAUGAAAACAACUUUGCAUGUAAACUUGAUGAUGGAUGUGUGCAUGUAGCAGAAAAUUCCGCAAAGUUAAAGAAAGAAAACCUUAGAAGUCUUGCAGAGAAGAGUGACACAAAUAGUAUUCCUGAGCUCUUAAAAACUGAAGAAAAUUUAAUGGGAGAAAAUAAAUUAUGGCUUGAAAGGAGUGAUUUAUACCAAAGUAAAAAUAAUGGCUUACUUUCCUACCUCCAAAGUGAAAAAAAUAAAUAUUCAUUAGAGGAGAGUAAUGUUGGGAGAAAAACCAGGAAAAAGAUGAAAUUGUCUGAAAAAGAAGAAAAGGUUCUUGAGAUGAAUUUCUCUGCUGUGUCUACAAGCUCUGAGUUGGUGUUGCAAGAAAACCAAGUGGGUACCAAGGGUAGAGAAGCAGAGAGCCUAGAGGAUUCAAGAAGGCCUAAAGUUGAAUUAAGAAAAGUAAACCAUAAAACACUCUCUCCAGUGGAUCAUUUAUUAAGUCUCCCAGAAACACUAGAAACAGAAAUUCCUAGACAUCAUGUAAAUGCUGUGUUUCAGAAAACCCUUGAAUCUCUUUUGAAAGAAGAAACAAAGAACGCUUCAGAGUCCGUAGGAUGUAAAAUCGAGGGAGAAAAGAGUUUGAUUGACAAACAAUCAUUGGCAAACUCCAUAGUGAAAUCACCUAGUGAUUGUCAUCAUACUGAAAAGAAAUCUGCGCGAGAAGACUUGAGAAAUGAAGCUGAGGAAUCAAAGUUCAGUUGUCACAGAACAAUACCAAUGACUGGCAGAAGAAUUUGGCCUUACUAUUCAUGUGCUAGAAUAUCUGCCAGAUGUUGGAAAAAGACUUCCUUGCUGCAAUCAGAUUGCUCUCUUCCUGGGUCUCGGGAAAGUUUUAGUCAGGAUGAUUUGCUUAAUGACCAAACAAACCAAACUCACUUGGCUGACUCCAAAUUGUUGUUACGGAGUUCCUUAACAGAAAAAAGCAUUGACUCUUCAAGUAAAGAAAAACUGGAUUCUAAUUUAAAUGGUUUGUCUUUAGUUUCUAUGGUAGGACCUACUUUGGCUAUAGAAGAAUCUGUGGUCAAUGAUGUUAAAAAGACAAAGUCAGAGGAGCACAGCAAAAUUUCAGAGGUAGUUACUAAUAUUACUGAAGAUACUCCAUUAACUGUGACUCAAAGCUCAACAGGAAGUAAAAAAAAAGACAGAGGGAAUUUAAUGAAACCUAAUUUGACAGCGGCUUCCCAGGAUGGCCAGGAAGCAAAUAACUUAAUAGGCAAAACUGUUCAUCGAAAAGCCUGCAUUGCAAAGCAAGCACUUGUGGUUCCAGACUUGGUUAAAAUAUUGAACACAGGACGGCUAACAAAUUUUAAAAUUCCUUUACUUAAGAAUAAGACAGAAAAAAAACGAGAAGUAAAUGCCAAGUCAUCAGAGAGAGAAACAUACAGUCCCUUAGAACUUCUUGACAAUGUAUCUGGAGCAGAGGGAAGACAGAAUAGGAGUAAAGAAAAUGUCUCCACAGCAACUUCAGUACCUCCUUCAUCUUUGAGUCUACAAAGUAAUAUAACUCCAAUGCUAGCUAGUUCUGACUCACUCUACAGCAGGAAGUCCUGUGGUAUUUCUCCAAGCUUUACAAAACAAGGCAGUGAUAAGCCAUCUCAUCACAUCUCUGAACCAGGCAAUAUUGUUGCUAAGAAAAAAGUUGUUUCUUUUGCAAUUGAAAAUACUACUUUUUCUUGCAAUCCUAAGUGUUUAGAGGAAAGUCCUUCCUUCUGCUGUAAUGAACAAGAAGUAUUUGAACCAGUGUCUUCUGAAGUUAGUGGUAGAAAAAUGACUAAGAGAUUUUCAGAAAUUAAAGUCGGGUUUCCAGAUAUUCUUAAAGCGUAUGAAGAUGAUGUCCUCUUGAUUGAUGUAAUUCAAGAUGACCCAGACCUCUUUGGAGUCUCCAGUGAAGGAGAUUUCUCAUUUACUUCAGAGGUCCCCAAGAUAAGCCAGGAGCCCAGUGUUGCUGAAGAACGGCAGUCAGUAGACUGCCAGCCUGUGGAACUUCCAGAAGAAGGUGAAGCAAGCAAUGACUUGAGAGAACUUCCUGUACUGGACCCUGGGUUGAUGAAGUCAGAGACUUGUGCUUCCUUGUUGGCAGCAAAUGAGAUAAAACAUGAUUCCAAAGAUGCAAACAUUUCCUUAGGAGACAUUGCUAAUGAGACCUCUGAAAAUGAAAACCUGCGAGACUUCAAUGAACAAAUAAAAAGUUCAGACUUGGAAGAAAAGUGUACAGUAUCAGAUAAGGCAACUAUUAAAGAAGAAAAAGAAAAUAUUGAUGAAGUUUGCAAAAGCAAAGACUCUAGAAAUGAAGAGCUUGCAUCUGGUGAGUGUCAGAUAGCAGCCGUGGGCCCCAAACCUCUGUGCUUACUAGGGCCUCCUUCAGCUCUAAGUGGUCAUCAAGAAGACAAAGCGCUGAAGCCCUGGAUGAAUGAUUCCAGAUUUCUAGGAAGCUAUCCUAUCCUAAAGCUGCAGAAUCUGGAAACUUGUGAAAUAUUUAAGAGGGAAAAAAAUAUAGGGGUGUUCCAGAAACCCCUCGGAUUGAUGCUACCCCAUAGAUACUGUAAAUUUCAUUUUAAUACAUUACGUGGCUGUGAGCGAUCACAAUGCAAGUUUGCUCAUGUACCUGAGCAAGGGGAUGAAAAGGUAUGCAUGGAUGUGCUUAAGAAAUAUAUAGCUGUCAAUGAACUGUGUUUGCUGCAUCGUGCAGUAAAUAUAUUUAUGGAAUAUUACAGAAAAUUUCCUCCUGGUAUCCACUUUGAUUUACAAGUGUUAAAUGACUUUUUAAUUUCUUUACUCAAGCAUUAUUUAUUGAAAGAAGUAUUUCAGGUGGUGAACCUCAGCAUAAUGGUUAAAAUGUUGCCUUCUCUGAAAAUACUGCUAAAGAUAUUUGAGCAUGUGGCAACUAUGAAAUUAAGGAAUGCGGUACCUGCUUUAAUUGAUACCUUUUGCAAGCUUGUUGAAGCUGGGAUGAUGCUUGACCCUGAACACUUUAACUAUAUUGUUAAGCUCUUAUACCAGUUACAGCCUUCCAAACAAGAAAUAACUGCAGUUCUGGAAAUGAAAUCCAGGUUACAAAUGAGGCAAUUUAAAAAGAACUGGAACUGUGAUUUAGAUUCAGCUUUGAAUGAAAUAGAGUAUUGUAAAGAGAAAGGUGACUGGACCAAAUUGGGAAAUUUAUACAUUAGUGUAAAACUGGGCUGUGAAAAAUUUGAAGAUUUCCAGAUGUUUUGUACUUGCGUUGCUGAAACACUAACAAAAGGCUAUAAAGAAGAAAGACCAAGUGUUCCUUUUUGUGAAUUUGCUGAAACAGUUAGCAAAGAUCCACAAAAUAGUGAAGUAGAUAAAACUUUGCUGGGAAGAAUCGGAAUCAGUGCCAUGUACUUCUAUCACAGGAUGUUGCAGUGGUCCAAGGGAAGGAAGGUCUUAGAUAAACUAUAUGAACUAAAAAUACAUUUUACAAGUUUAAAAGGACUUACAGGCCCUGAGAAGUUAGCACCAAGAUGUCAAAUUGUGAAUGUUGCAGCAGAAAUUUUUCUAAAAAGUGGAAGCCUAGAUGGUGCCAUUUGGGUAUUGAGGGAAUCAGAAUGGAUAAUCAAUACACCACCAUGGCCUUGUGAUAGACUGGAUGUGCUUAAUAGACAUAAUUUGCUCUGCACAAUUGCACACGAACUCUUAGCCAAGAGCCUUUACAGACAGACAUUUGAAAUUUUGCAGAAUCUACCAGGUUUCCAGAAUUCUCAAGAAACUGUGGAAGUCUCGCAGUAUAGCCUUCUUUAUAAUAAACUUCUAGAUGCCUGUAUAGAAAGCAAUAGUCUUGGCAUGUCAUCCUCUGUAGCAGAAUUCAUGAUUUCCAAGAACAUCCCUAUCGACUUUUCCUUUCUUAGAAGAUUAAUUACUUCUUUAGGAAGGAGUUGUUUAUGGCUCAAAGCCAGAGCACACUACAAAAGUGCUCUUUCAUUGGGUUGCUACCCACCUUUGGAGGGAAAUUUAUACCGAAAACUUCUUCUGAUUCCUUCUUAUUUAUCUGAGAUUGAAAUGCUUUUAGCUAUUGAAAUCUUCAUGGUUUCUAAUGCUAGUAGUAUUCAGAGUCCUGGGACCUCCACACAGAUGCUGCAGAUAGUUUUGAAAAGGUGUGAAGAAAGCAAACCCCGGGGCAAGGACGACUACCAGGCUGCGGUGGAAAGGUUAAUUCUGGCGGCUCGCAUCUCGGACCCAAAGCUUUUCAUGAAGCACAUGACCGUCAACGUGAACAAGGAACAGGUCUACAGCCUGGAACACUGCUCCGCCCUCAAAUGGCUGAAAGAGAAUAUGAAGUGGGCUGGGAAAGUCUGGCUGUUCAGUAACCAUUAG